GAUCAGCCCUUGGGUGAGGGUUUAUUUUAAUUUAUGGCUUAUGCAUUCUUUUAAGGUCGAUUUACAUGACCUCCGGCUACAACUAAGACAGCCGCGGAGGGCACUCCAGUCGUCAGUCGGCCAAACCCACAAUUAAAACAGCCCUCCCCCUAGUCUUGGUGUGACUAGGACUUUCCCGGGUGUCCUACGCACAGUUAUCUACAGCUACAACAUGUGUUUUCUCGGAGUGGAUUUUGGGGGUGGGGGGUGGCAAGAAAACCAGAAGCCCGCCACGCAGAUCUGUCACCGCCUCCGGAACAAGGCACAACUCUCCGAGAGGGGGACGCAUCCUGGGGAUCCGCGCGUCCACCAGCGAGCGGCAGACGCUCGGGCCCCUUUCUCAGCCUCUACUCCCCCCUCUGCGUCGGCCCCGCGGAGCGCCCUCCUCCCGCUCCUCCUCCCCUCUCCCCUCCCCAGCCAAGUACGGAAACCCGCCCGGGCUGGGCAGCCGCCUCUCCCGCAACCCGCGCCCUCGCAAGGCGCCGCGCGCUCAGCUCGAGUCCCUCCGCCUGCCUUACCCCAGCCCCUCAGUCCCAGCUCAGGGAAACUAACCCCGAAGCGGCCCGGAAGGGCAGAAGCGGAAGGCACCGGGGGCCGGCGGUACGACCCGGGGUGUCUGCCCCCUGCCCCCUCCGACUCCCCAACAGGUAGCUCACAAACGGGCCGCGCGCUCACGCUCUGCCUCCCUCGUUCUCUAGAUCGCUCGCUCCGUCCCGGUUACCUGGGCGGGCUCCAGGAUGGUACCGCACGGGAGGGCUCCUUGUGCGCUGCGCCGCGGGAGUAAACGGCAUUAAAGAAAAAGGGAAAGAUACAAAUAAAAAAAAAAAAAAUUAAGGAAGGGGAGUCGAUGCUAGGUCAAUUAGCAUAGCCCGGGGAGCAAGGGAGCAGAACCCCCCAGCGCUGCGGCCGGCACAACCCGUUAACUCAAGUCUGCGGGGGUGUCCCGCCCCGGGCGGGGGGAGCGCUGACCCGCAGAAGUUUGCCGCCGGGGUGCCAGGAGGUGCGCGCAGAGCGGGGUGACUAGGGGCUUCCCCCUUGAAACAAGUGAAGGCGAUGGUUAGUGCUGUCAAUCUUGGCAAUCAGUGUGAGCGGCCAUGUCGUAAGUAUUCAAAGCAUUUCCCGUCGUGCAACAUCAGAAAGUGAGUGGCCAGGGCAUUGAUCUGAGCGAGGGAGAGGAGGCAGGGCUCCCCUCCCAGACAACACAGGCAAGAUGAGACAAGAGGC